AUGGCAACCUCAAUAACAUUUAAUUUUUUAUCUCCGCAAGACGAAGAAGAAGAGAUUUUGGCAAAUGAACUUUUGCCUGAAGUUGAAUCUCAACCAAAAAUCCUGAAACCAUUUCCACAGUCGAUAUUGAAUUCUAUAGACCAUCAUCGUCGAACUUUACCACAUUCUAAAUCGAAUUCGGACUUUUUAACGGUUAAACAAUCGUCGUUGGAUGUUGAUAAUUAUCAUAAUCAAAACGAUGAACGACGUCGUUGGAAACAACGAUCACCAUCCGAAAUUCGUGUUUCACUCUUUCCUGAUAAUGUUCAGUUAGGGGACGGCUCAUUUUCCAAGAUAGAAACCGAAGUAUUGUCGAAUAAAACGUCGUCUAUGCGUGUUUCUGAUCCGAAUAUUUUGGAGCCGUCGUUAAAACAUCAUUACGAUAAUGUAAAUAAAUCGUUGUUAGAUAAAAAAAUUACUCGUCGAAUGUAUUCACCAUUCGGUAGUACAUCAACACUAAAAUCACUCGUAUUUCGUCGACGGUCAUCAAAUUUGCCACCAUAUCGUCGACGUCCACUUAAAACGGAUUCUAAAUGGCAUAUUGUGCGGCAUCGAUUGACGGAUAUUGCUGCCAUGAGCGAAACGUAUAUCCGUGUCAAAAAUAAAAAUGCUGAUUAUAAUUGGUCUUGGUUAAAACAACCGCUUCUUUUACAAAUGCAAGAACUACGUGAAAUGAAUCAAAUGCAAGAAAUGAAUAAUGACAAUAAAGAAAAAUUACCGAAAUCCGGUUUCAAACUGAAAAAUAUUAUGGAAAAUGAAGUUAUUCAUAUUGAUGUUGACGGUGUUAUUCAUUCGAUAUCUACUAUGGAUCUAAUAACGGGACGAUUGAAGCAGGAUGUUCAUAUUGAUAAAAUUGUACAUACGCUCGUAAGGGCAAAUCUAAAAAGGGUGAAAAAGAGAGAAGAGCAUCAGCGAGGAAGGCUACGUUUACAAAAACGUUUUGCUACAUCAUUUUGUGUAUGUAAUUUGACAUUUAUUAUUUUAAUGUUUUGUCUAAUGAUCUACGUAAUGUUGACAGUGAGACUUCGAGAUUUAUUUCGUGCAGGCGAAAAAAAGACUGAUAAAAAUUCGAGUAGUUUAUCGAUCAAUUCUCAAGAUGCGAAUGCGUUUGUCCAUGCCGCGUAUGAAAAAGACAAUGAAACAUUACAGAAAUUUUUGUCAGCAGGUUUUUCACCUGAUUCACCAGAUCCUGCAACCAAAAAUACUGCAUUACAUGCAGCUGUUGAAUCACUAAACAUUAAAGGUGUUCAUUUAUUAAUAAACAAUGGUUGUCAAACCAAUUUAACCGAUAUAAGUCUAUCAACACCAUUGCAUAUUGCAACAUACAUUAAUUCCGAAGAACUUGUUCAGCUACUUCUUGCUCAUGGAGCUGAUUGCUCGAGAGUAGACAAUAUUGGACGAAAUUCAUUUCAUAUAGUUGGAGGUACAAAUGGAAAUAUACGACUUUUACAGCUACUGCUUGCUGCCGAUACAGAUAAACAUUUAAUUAAUUCACAAGACAAACAUAAAUGGACACCAUUAAUGAAUGCUUGUGCAUCAUCUCAUUACGCAGCCGUUUCAUUUCUACUUCAGAAUGGAGCUGAUCCAACAAUGCGUAAUGACAAGGGCAUGACGUGUUUACAUAUUGCUACAUUUGUUGGUACUUUUGAAAUUGUAAAUGAGCUCUGUAAAUUUUCCACACUAUUCUCAUCUUCAUCAUUUGGAACAAAAACACAAUCCGAUACAAAUCAUAACGAGAAUCUAUCACCAUCUUCCGGUAUAAAAGCACUCAUCAAAUAUGCGAAUAGACAUGAUUCGUUGUCAACGAGAAGUAUUUCAACAUCAUCCAUGGAUAGUAGUAAAUUUUUUACAUUUUCCUCUGGUGAAUUAUCAACGAUUGAUAAUCAAUAUUUAAUCGAUAUCGUCGAUCACAAUAAUCAAACGGCAUUGUUCUAUGCCGCAAUGGAAGGUCAUACAUCGAUCGCUAUCCAUUUACUUCAUUCAGGAGCAAAUCCUUAUCAUUUGGAUAAUGAUAGUCAAACAUGUCUACAUAACAUGUUAUCAUCGACUAUUAUUUUAAAACGACAUAUUCAAUUAUUUUUUAAAUUAAUUCAAUAUGUUGACUAUCGUUUGUUAAAAGAUCAUUUAGGUCGAACACUACUCGAUUUAGCUUACAUUAAUCAAAUUCAAUCGUUAAUCUACCUAUUAACGUUAUUAGGUUAUACACGUAAUAAUGAAAUUGUAAUUAAUACAGAUCAUACAAAUAAUCAAACAAGUUUAGGUGAACAAAUAUUGAAAACUAAAAUGUUUAAUUUAAAACAAUUAUGUAUAUUAAAAUGGAAAAAAUCUAUAGUAUACGAUCAAACAAAUGUUCCUGUACAAACACCACGUGAUUUACUGAUAAAAUCAUUUCAUCAAUGUUUCAAUAUAAACAAUGUUAUUUUAAGAGAUAAAUCAAUGGAUAAUAUUGAACAUCAACAGUCAUUUCUUACACAACGUUUUUCGGUAUCAGGAACAUCAUUAUCGGAUUCACUUAAUAGCAUAUCAUCAUCAAAACAGUCAAAAACUAAGAAAAAUUUUACUUCUAGUAAAAAGAAACAAUCAUUAUCGAUUAGUGAAAGUCGUUCCAUGUCACAAACAGAUAUUCAGCAGCAACAAUCAUCAUGGUCUUCAUUUGCAAGUAAAUUUAAACAAAGUAGUACCAAAAAAUCGAUAGUUGAUCAAGAGAUAACUGAACGACAUGAAAAUGGUAUGAGAAAUUUGGUACUAAAUCUUUUAUCGUUACCAUCAAAAUUAGAUUCAAUUGUUGAUUAUCCAACUUUAAAUAGUAAUUCUCGUUUAUUAUAUGAAGAUUUACAACAUUCAAUAUCUUCUUAUAAAUUGGGCCAAAUAGCCAAAAGUCAAGAAUAA